AUGAAGAAAAAAAACAAAGAAGAUUUAUAUAAAGAAAACAAACUUGAAGCAUCCAAAUUAAGAAUUGCCAUUGUUAGUACUGAUAAAUGUAAACCAAAAAAAUGUCAUUUAGAAUGUAAAAAAAAUUGUCCUAUUGUAAAAACUGGAAAAUUUUGUAUUGAAGUUGACCAUAGCUCAAAAAUAGCAUAUAUCAGUGAAAUGCUAUGUAUAGGUUGUGGUAUAUGUGUAAAGAAAUGCCCAUUCUCUUCAAUCACUAUUAUUAAUUUACCUAAAGAUAUUAACAAAGAUGUUGUACAUAGAUAUGGCCCUAAUACCUUUAAAUUACAUAGAUUACCAGUUCCAAAAUUAGGACAAAUAUUGGGAUUAGUUGGAACAAAUGGUAUUGGAAAAUCAACAGCAUUAAAAAUUUUAUCAUCUAAAUUAAAACCAAAUUUAGGAAAGUUUGAUAGUCCUCCUGAAUGGCGAGAUAUAUUAUCAUUUUUCAGAGGUAGUGAAUUACAAAUUUUUUUUACAAAAUUAUUAGAAGAACAAUUAUCACCUAUUAUUAAACCACAAAAUGUCGAUUUAAUACCUAAACAGGUCAAAGGAAAUAUAUUAGAAAUAAUAAAUAAAAAAGAUAAAUUAAAUCAAAAAGAUAAAUAUAUAAAAGUAUUAGAACUAGAUCAUUUACUUGAUAGAAAUGUUGAAGACUUAAGUGGAGGAGAAUUACAAAGAUUUGCAUUAUUAAUAUCUAUUAUUGGGCAAACAACAAAUGUAUAUAUGUUUGAUGAACCUAGUAGUUAUUUAGAUAUAAAACAAAGAAUAUCUAUGGCAAAAAUUAUACAUGGUUUAGUAAGACAUGAUAAUUAUAUAAUAGUAGUAGAACACGAUUUAUCUAUAUUAGAUUAUUUAAGUGAUUAUGUUUGUUGCUUAUGGGGAAAGGCAGGUGCAUAUGGUGUUGUUACAUCACCAUUCUCUGUCAGAGAAGGAAUUAAUGUAUUUUUAGACGGUUUUAUUCCAACUGAUAAUUUAAGAAUACGUGAAGAAUCAUUAAAUUUUAAAUUAGCUACAGAUCAAGAUGUAACAGAUGAAGAUAAAAAAAGAUUACAUUUUUAUACAUAUCCUAAAAUGGUAAAAACCUUGAACUCAUUUACCUUAACAGUAGAUAAAGGAAACUUUUCAGAAUCAGAAAUUUUUGUAUUAUUAGGCCAAAAUGGAAGUGGAAAAAGUACAUUUAUAAGAUUAUUUGCUGGCCUAAUUAAACCUGAUAAUGUAGAUAGUCUAUCAUUUUUAGAAUCCUUAAGUGUUUCUUAUAAACCCCAACAAAUACAAGCAAAAUUUACAGGUACUGUUAGGCAAUUAUUAAUGUCAAAAUUAAAAGGCUUAUAUACAGAUCCAUAUUUUAAUAAUGAAAUAAUAAAACCAUUAAAAAUUGAUGGCAUAUUAGAUAAUCAAGUUUUAACAUUAUCUGGUGGAGAAUUACAAAAAGUUGCAAUUAUCAUUACCUUAGCAAAAAAUACUAACAUUUAUCUAAUCGAUGAACCAUCAGCUUAUUUAGAUUCAGAACAAAGAAUAAUUGUAUCCAAAAUUAUUAAAAGAUUUAUACUUAAUACUAACAAAACUGCUUUUGUUGUCGAACAUGAUUUUAUAAUGGCUACUUAUCUUGCUGAUCAUGUUAUCGUUUUUGACGGACAAGCCGGAGUUAAUACUGUUGCCAAUACCCCACAAACAUUAGUAGCGGGUAUGAAUAAAUUCUUAAAAAUCAUUGACGUCACUUUUAGAAGAGAUCCAACUAAUUAUAGACCAAGAAUUAAUAAAUAUGACAGUGUCAAGGAUAAGGAGCAAAAAUUAAACGGAACAUAUUUUAUUAUUGAUGAAUAA